UUUCAGUGACGUCUUUCAUUGCCACAAUCAUCUUCACCAUGGAAUGGUUCCUGUUAGCACUUCCCUUACUCGUCUGUGCCGUGGAUGCCAGAACUGAAUUGGUGAAUGUUGCAGCUUUUAAACCUGUGAGUGGUGUACGUAGUGGUUUGGACCCGGCAGCUUUAACAGACGAAGACGAUUUAACAUGGUCUGCCACGGCUACUAUGAACGAUCCUUAUCUCAAAAUUGAUCUCGGCAGCGAAUAUCUCAUCAAAAAUCUACAACUUAUGUUGGAUCAAAACGCUGGCCGUAACUUGAUUAACAGUAUGGUGCGUGUGGGAAGCUCUUCCGUUGUUACCCAGAACCCCGUGUGUAUUCCAAUCGACGACAAAUACGCUCCAAUCAUGUUCGAGAAAAACUGCAACAUGAAGGGAAGAUACAUCAUCCUGCAAAAAAUGGGACCCGGUAGGACCAUUAGAGCCAAUGAAAUACGAGCAUACGUCACCAUGGAAAUCGAAUCAACCACUGCAGCUCCCACAACUAAAGCGCCAACUACAGUUCAGCCGAAGUGAGCCGACCACAGCCGAGCCAACCGAAGCUGAGCCACCACAGCCGAGCCAACCGAAGCUGAGCCAACCACAGCCGAGCCAACCGAAGCUGAGCCAACCACAGCCGAGCCAACCGAAGCUGAGCCAACCACAGCCGAGCCAACCGAAGCUGAGCCACCACAGCCGAGCCAACCGAAGCUGAGCCGACCACAGCCGAGCCAACCGAAGCUGAACCCACUACAGCCGAGCCAACCGAGGCUGACCCACUACAGCCGAGCCAACCGAGGCUGACCCAACAACUGUUGCUGAUGUAACAACUAUUCCCCCAACGUUAGCUUGCACCAACCCAGAGGUUCUGCGUAAUAUCGCCGUCGGAAAAGCAGCCAGCCAAAGCUCCACAAAUAAGAAACAGGGAGGUGUAGCUGAACUAGCUGUUGACGGGAAUAAAAAUACCGACCUGAGGGCUGGAAAGUCGUGCACCUGGACCAAUAAGGAGUUCCAGCCAUGGUGGAAAUUGGAUCUUGGAUCGUCCAAAGACGUUUACCAGGUUGUCAUCACCAACAGACAAGACUGUUGCUCUUUCCGUCUAAAGAACGCCGAAGUUCGCGUCGGCGACGACCCAAAGCACGAGAACAAUCCAGUUUGUGGAAUGAUGGUUAUGGGAAAACGUUCAAGGCAGGAGACAGUAACCAUGAACUGUGGCUGUGGUGAAUCGAUGCAAGGAAGAUACGUCAGCAUUCAGUUGAAAGACAAGACACAGCAGAUGCACUUGUGUGAGGUCGAGGUCAUGACCCUGUAAUUGACCCGGAAUCAAAUACAGCCUUCUUCUGACGUCAUCAAUAUGUUAAUAUAUGCAUGAUUCAAAUACCAAAUCAAUGGAUUAUAAGACCUUCUUGGAGCAAAAAACGACACGUAAUUGUAAUUGUAAUUGGGGCCCUUCCAUAACACCACACGGACGUACUAGUGAUAAUAA